AUGCCUCCAAGACCGUCCACUUCGUCGAAGAAUCUAACAUUGCUUCUAUUGGAUACUCUAAAGGACCAAGAUGGAAAGGCACUUUUCCUAGUUGAUGAGAAGCUCUUUAAAGGGUCUGCCAUCACUAGACUUAGAGCCUCCUUGUUGUUGUUGAUGUUCAAUAAGGCAGCUCUUUCAUCUUACCACUUCCCAUAUGCAAAUGUCAUCACAUUUCUUCAGAUCGUAUGUUCUUGUUCUUUUUUGUAUAUAUUGAGGAGGUGGAAGAUAAUCUCUGUCACAACAGGUGAUUCCUUGAUUUUAUAUGGCAACUCAACAAAAUUUGUAUCACUGAAGACUUUGAUGCACACCCUGCCCCUAUCGGGAACAUAUUUUUUUAAAGGAUAAAUUCCUAGUCAUCAUUGGUUUUCUCUUCUAGUCAUCAUGGCGUCUGUUCACGGAGUAAAUGUUCCAAUGUACACCACCCUUAGGAGGACAACAGUGGUAUUUGCUAUGAUUGUUGAGUUUUUUCUUGUUGGGCAGAGAUAUUCAUCGUAUGUCAUUUUCAGUGUUGGCUUGAUUGGUUUUGGUGCUCUAGUUGCGGGAGUGAGAGACUUGUCAUUUGAUGCUUAUGGCUAUUCGAUUGUUUUCAUGGCAAACAUCAGCACAGCGACAUAUCUUGCUACCAUUGCCCGUGUUGGAAAAACCAGUGGGCUUAAUAGUUUUGGCCUCAUGUGGUGUAACAGUAUCAUGUGUGGACCAGUUCUGCUGAUCCUGACACUAGUUCAGGGUGACUUGAAGCAAUUUCUUUCGCCUUCACUCUUUAGCAUCAAUUAUCAGGUUGUUUUGCUUUUUUCCUGCAUACUGGCUUUCUUCUUGAAUUACAGUAUUUUCCUGAACACAACUCUAAAUUCAGCUCUCUCUCAGACAAUCUGUGGUAGUCUUAAGGAUCUUUUUACUAUUGGCCUGGGCCUUACUAAUUGA